AUGGUUAUCAGAAUUACAUCUACCAUGGGUUAUGACCGGCGUGUGCAAGGAUCCUUGACUCUUGAACAGUUUGGUAACAGUACGCUGUUUCGUGUGCUGAUUGAUGGCCAUGAGGUGAUUGAUGGACCUGACGGUAUCAGGGGACCUGGUAAUCGCUUCCAAGGAGCAGUUUAUCUGCCUGAAAGUGUGCAGUGGGAGCCACUCUUUAGGAAGGUAAAGAGCUCUAACACCACCUCAGUUCGUGGUCGUUCAACCUUUCUCAGGUUUGGACCAAACGUCUCCGGUGUCAACGCCCUUCAGGUUACUCUCAUCCAUAGCAACAAGAACAAGAGCCAGGAUGCCAAACGAGUGAGCACAGCGUUCGAAGCUUGCAUUGCAAAGGCUUCCAAUGCUGUCAACAGCGUGUCGAACAACAACAACAGCUUCCAUUUGUAG